CCCGCGCCUACAGCAAAAAAACUGCAUUUCACCUCCCGUCGCCAUUCCACCGCCUCGACCUUUUUUCUUCGUUAGCAUUAUAUAAUUCGCGUCCAUCUCUUCUCCAAUGGCGUCUGUCGGUGCUUCUCUUCACCGCGCCAGGGCCCCCGUCCGCCGUGCCCUCACUGCCGCUCCCGCCACCUUGAGAUGCCUCGCCACCAUCCCUCCCGCCGAGCCCAAUGCGACGCCGAAGCGAAAGACAUAUUUCAAGGAUAGCACUGUUGCUCCCUUCUCCGACUUUCUCGGCACCUCGUCGCAGGCGCAGGCUCUUGGCCCUACGGAUGCCUAUGAGCUGCGCACCGCCGAAGUCGGGCCCAAGGGCAAGAAGCGAACCAUUACCAGACUGCCUGAGUGGCUCAAGACGCCUAUCCCAUCGGGCAACGACAACUUCAAGAGCAUCAAGAAGGACCUGCGUGGUCUUAAUCUGCACACUGUCUGCGAAGAGGCCAGAUGCCCCAACAUCUCCGAGUGCUGGGGCGGCUCGGAUAAGAGCGCGGCCACGGCAACCAUUAUGCUCAUGGGCGACACCUGCACCCGUGGAUGCCGCUUCUGCAGCGUCAAGACAAACAGAGCCCCUGCUCCUCUGGACCCCCACGAGCCAGAGCACACUGCGGAGGCCCUUGCCCGCUGGGGUCUCGGAUAUGUCGUCUUGACGUCCGUGGACCGUGACGAUCUUGCCGACGGCGGUGCCAGACACUUUGCCGAGACCAUUCGCAAGAUUAAGCAGAAGAAGCCCUCGCUGCUUGUCGAGGCCCUGACUGGCGAUUUCAUGGGCGACCUCGACAUGGUCAAGAUUGUGGCCGAGAGCGGCCUGGACGUCUACGCUCACAAUGUCGAGACCGUCGAGGCCCUGACACCAUAUGUUCGUGACCGCAGAGCCACGUUCCGCCAGAGUCUUGCUGUUCUUAAGCACGUCAAAGAGGUCCGCGGCAAGGAGGGCAUCAUCACCAAGACCAGCAUCAUGCUGGGCCUCGGCGAGCAGGAGCACGAAGUUAUGGAUGCCCUGCGCGAGCUGCGCAAGGCCGAUGUCGACGUCGUCACGUUUGGCCAGUACAUGCGCCCCACGAAGCGCCAUCUCAAAGUCGAAAAGUAUGUCACCCCCGACGAGUUUGAGAUGUGGCGCCAGCGCGCCCUCGACAUGGGCUUCUUGUACUGCGCGUCUGGCCCGCUCGUCCGCUCCUCGUACAAGGCCGGCGAGGCCUUUAUCGAAAAUGUCCUCCGCAAGAGAAAGGCCGGCGUGGCCGUCGAGGGAGAUGCGGGCAAGUCUGCUGCUGGCCUGGAGGCUGAGACAAGAGUAUAGAAGUUUUGGACGGACUUGGUGUUUUUCUUCAUUCUGCGGCGUACUUAUUACUUAAUUGGGACAUAUACUUUUUCUUUCGUUGUACUUUUUGUUUCUUACAUGUAUCAUGGCGCUCCUUGGGAGACGAGAACAACAAAAAAGCUCGGCAUGGAGACGGCGUUUUUGUGGGUUUGCUUUAUCGGAUGUAUUUCAACUCUACAGUCAGGCCUUCAACAGUGGUCUGCGGAACAACCUCUAUACUCAUCAUAAUGAAUCUCUACCAACCAAUCAAUCAUCUGUAUGAUUAUACAUAAUUUUCAAACUUGUGCUGGCAACUUUUGU